AUGCCGCCAGCUCGUCCAAGAGCCAUGUCUCUCUUCAUUCCUAUCCCGACGACGGCGCUCUGGCGUCUGUGUCGACCGCCCACGCCUCGACGGGCUACGUAUCCUUUGCCUGCCGACUACGAUGCCCCUCCGGUGCCACCGCUUUCUUUCUGGAUUCCUGAGACGCCUUCGCCUUUGCCGACGUGCUCAGCAGUAACGACUUCGCCUAUCUCGUCUACGCCCGCACUGUCAUCUUGCUACUCGCAGCCCAACGAUCCAACUCGACCACCACAUCUGGAUCGUUCAGCAGGACCACCGGGACCAAGAAGUCUCCUGCUCCCCACAGUCUCACCAUACCUCCCAGCACCACCUCGUUCACCCAUCUCGCCCACCUCCCCACAAUCCCCACACAACCCGUUCCUCUCACCCCCGGUGCCACACUGGAAUGAAACGGCCCUGAUCACCCUGGCCUCCCCAUUACUUCCCGCAUCACCCCUAUCAAUCUUCGACCGCGCCAUCUCGCCCACAUCGCCGACGUUUCUACUGAGCAGAGCGCCUUCCUCGCCCGCGACGCCGAAUUGGGCAGAGUACACGUUCCUGCGGACCGCAACGCCAUCACUGGCAGAUGGCGAGCGUGAGGAGAGUCGAAGCGAGGAGAAGCAAGGAGGUGAUGCGUGUGCGGAUUUGAGUCCGACGUUUCUCUGGCCCCGGCCUGCACCUUCUUUGCCGCGCACUAUCCACACGAUAAGCCCAUCUAGCAUCGAGGUGGGAAACGAACAAAGCUUGCAGCGAAGCUACUCAACCACCACCACCCCUCCUUUUCUGAACAGCAGCGCUGAAACAUCCCCCAGCGCGCCCUCGACCACGCCCUCGCAAGAGCGAAAGAAACUGAAAGUCGCCUUCUACCACGUCCUCGCCGCCCGGCGCGCAGCCGCUAUGCAAACCCUCGCCGCGCCGACACGCGCCUCUCCGCUCCCCAAGAGACCCCUCGCGAAGCUGCGAGAAAAGCUCGCACCGGAUGCCAGAGUCGAGUCGAGGCAGUGCGAGCCGGACAGGCUGCGUCGAAUCAGCGGAUGGCGCGGCUGGAUAUCGCGAGCGUGA